GCGCCGCCGGCCUCUCCAUUGGCAUCAGCCGUCGCCGCGGAUGGACUCCUCCUCUUCCUCCUCCCACUCUCCCUCCGCGGCGGCGGCGCCCGCCCCCGACGCGGGGCGGUACACGUUCAGCCCGAAGCUGCGGUGGCAGCCGGAAGUGGAGGAAUACUUCGCCGCCGCGUACGGCCGGGACCGCUUCGCCCGCAUCUCCGAGGCCCUCGCGCGUCCUUCUCGUUAUUCUUGUAUUCGUGUCAAUACUCUGAAGUCUUCCACUGAUGCUGUCAUGCAUAAACUUAUGGACCUAGUAUGUGAAAAUGGUCUCUCUGAUGGAAUCUAUGGCAUGGAGAUUGUAGGUGGAGACCAACCACAUGAACAGAGCUCCCUGGUCCGGAAGUGCCCCUAUGCUGGCCUUGAAAACGUUUUGUUUGUUCAGGGAUCAGGGCCGCAUGUGUUGAAUUAUAAUAGUCAACCAGACCAAUCUGUUAAGGAAGUAAUUGUAAGCCGAAAAUGUGCAGAAUCAGUUCUUCGAGGUGCCCAGGUGUUUGUCCCUGGUGUUUUAGCUUGUAGUUCACAUGUUGAAAAGGGUGAUAAGGUUGCAGUCUCAGUUGCCAUUGAGCAGCCCGUCAAGGAUGGUGGGUGGGCUGUGGGUAUAACACGAGGAACUGUUUUACAGGGAUUGCAAUCAGAUGUACAUUAUGAAGAAAGGAAUGGUUUGUACAUUGGUCAAGGGACUUCUGCAAUGCCGAGGUCUGGAAUAUUUCGUGUCCCUCAUGGGAUUGCAGUAGAGAUGACUGAAAGGGUAUACAAGCUCCCAUCUUUCAAUGAUGUGCUUGAAGGGGAGAUAUUUCUUCAAAAUUUACCAAGUGUUGUGGCUGCUCAUGUCCUUGAUCCCCAGCCAGGCGAGCGAAUACUAGAUAUGUGUGCAGCUCCAGGAGGAAAAACAACAGCAAUUGCUAUCCUUAUGAGGGACAAAGGAGAAGUUGUUGCCCUUGAUAGAUCUCACAAUAAGGUGAUGGAUAUUCUGAAGUUGGCUUCAGAGAUGGACUUGAAUUGUAUUAAAGCUUAUAAACUUGACGCCCUCAAAUCUGUACGGAAGACUGAUGAGGCAACAAAUGUUGGCAUGGGUGAAGCAAUUAAGACACUGGCAGAGGACUCUGGCCCUUGCCAUGUCACAGUAGAUGUCAGAGCUACUAAUGUAAAUGAAGAGAGCUCAACAACAACGGUGGUGGUGCAGUCUGAAACAGAACAACUAUUUUCAGUAGAUGACAAAAACCCAGAAUCCAGAAAAUAUGUUAGCAAGGCUGAACUCAGGAAGAAUUUACGGCGGAUGAAGAAUGGACCAGGAAGAAAUAAUUGCUCUGGUGGUAGAGUUGAAAAGUCAAAGGGAUUUUUCCCUAACAGUUUUGAUCGUGUCCUCCUUGAUGCUCCGUGCUCUGCACUUGGCUUGAGACCUCGGCUCUUUGCUGGCGAGGAAACUCUAGAGUCACUGAAAACUCAUGCAAAGUAUCAGAGGAGAAUGUUUGAUCAAGCUGUCAAGCUAGUUCGCCCAGGUGGGGUGAUUGUUUAUUCAACGUGUACUAUAAAUCCAGGAGAGAAUGAGGCCUUGGUGAGAUAUGCAUUAGACACCUACAAGUUUCUGUCACUGGUAUCACAGCACCCAAAAGUUGGAGGGCCUGGUAUUGUUGGUUCGUGUGAGCUAUUCAACAAGACAUAUACUGAGGAAUGGUUGACAGAGCAUGAAGCUGAACUUGUUCAGAGGUUCGAUCCAUCGUCACCAGUGGAUACAAUUGGUUUCUUCAUUGCGAAAUUUAAUGUUGGAGAGAGACAGGUCUAAAUGGAUGGGAUGAUGAUGUCUGCCAAGUCCCAAGAGCAUACUUUUGGACAAGGGAGAUUAUACGGCUAUACCCAUGGAGGGAACUGCAGCUCUUACCCCCUGAAAUUUUGCCAGGUGUUCAAAAUUCACUGUUGUUCCAGGAACCAUUGUUCAUUAUGAUGAGAUGAUGAGGCGACUAAGAUUUCGAAUAUUUUGACAUGAUGCUGAUACAUUGUCGCCGUUUGAGCAUUGGCAUGGAAAGGGAGAUGAUGUAACCUCUAAAGAGGUGACUGUAACUGAAUUUUCGGACUUUCCAUUUGAAAAAUGAAAAUGUCACUCCCUCCGCUUCGCAAUA